AUGGGAUCCAUCGCCGGCGCUUUUCAGCCGACCCCGUACGGCCCCUCCGUGAAGCUCCCGGACCCAUAUCCGGAGAACACGGACUUCCCACUAUCACUCGCUUCCUCCGAGCCGAAUGCGGAUGUAUCAGAGCUCGUCUCUGAAGCGAAAGAGCUAUCUUCAAGUGGCAAACUGAGAAAACUCUUGGAUCAACAUGGCGCGAUAUAUUUCCAAGGCUUGGGUCUGAAAAAUGCUGAGGAAUUCUCCCAAUUCGCACAUGCCUUUGGUUGGACUCCACAUGAGGAUAUUGGUAAUCCGGUGCGGCGUGUCAUCCACGCACGAAACGUUGCUACUGCCAACGAGGGGCCGAAUACUCAACCUGUGUAUCCUCACAAUGAGUUCGGCCUAAGUCCUCACUAUCCGGCAUAUGUCUUCUUUUAUUGUCUUUCACCACCAACAACAGGCGGUGAGACGCCGAUCAACAACUCUGUCAUUCUCUACCGCCGCCUAAAGGACAGGCAUCCCGAGUUCAUCAAAGAGAUUGAGAGAAAGGGCGUCAAAUAUCAACUUUUCUACGAAAAUGCUCCACAGGAUCAAACUUCGUCGGCCCGAAAUUCCGUCUUGCAAGCUUACGGAGGAAAGGUCCUGCAGAGUGACGAUUCAGAAACUGCGAGAGCUAAGAUUGAGGCCGAGAUCAGACGCUUACCAACAGCGACAUGGGAGAACCAGUCUGAGAGCAACAAACUCGGGGAUCUGCGAGUCUGGCAACAUUUGCCUGUCGAAUCAGGAACGCUGGAUCCACCACACAUCAACAGCAAAGGGGCGUUCCAGCCACCAGCUCUAUUCGGUGAUCAGUCUCUUAUACCGCGAAAGUAUUUGGACACGGCUCUGGAAAUAAUCAAAAAUACGAGGUCAUUGGUUUCCUGGAAGCAGGGAGAUGUCCUUCUGCUGGAUAACCACGCCGUGCAGCAUGCUAGAGAGCCGUGGACAGGGAAUCGAAAGCUGCUUGCAAGCCUGUGGGAUGAGCAUUAA